AUGAGUAGGCUGGCUAAACAAGAGAAAUUAAGCGCCGCCCCAAAAGAAGUUCACUCUAAGGAGAUUCUCGAUGAGCCAAUGAUGAAGCAGACAAAAGAUAUGAAUAAGAAUAAUGAUAUUAAAAAGAGCGCUCAAGCUGAAUCCGACGAAGCAGUCCAACAACCUGUCCCGAUGGAAGCGACACCUAGGACACAUUUGAAAUCGUGUUUGGAAAAAAGUGAACAUGAACAUCCACGGACCUCGAUAUUGGUGCAUAAUGAUGCCAUCAGUCCCACGAUGCAUGGUCUAGCAAAGAUAGGCUCGACGCCUGGGUCAAGCACAGUUUCUCCGAAUGGGUUUUUCACAGGAUCGCCGGCGAUUUCAAUCAAGGAGGACAGUGCACCAGGCAGCAUAAUAUCCAGUUGUCAUGCUUCUCCUGAAUUAGCGCCCUCUUCACUGUCGAAGAUUAAUUUGAAGUACGGAACCAAUGGUAUUGAAGAUAUGAUUUCAUCAGCAAUGCCUACCAGCUCAGAUGAAACAAGGUCUAAAUUACAUCUUUUGAUUGGUAUCACAGGAUCAAUUUCAAUUCAUAAAAACAUAUUUUUGAUAAUAGGGAAGCUUUUUGAACUUUAUACUCGCAAUAGACUUGAGAUACAAGUGAUUUUGACAAAAGCAGCUGAAAUGAUAUUGUAUGACAAACUUUUCAAAUUCGAGAAGUUGGGUGUGAAAGUAUGGUUCCAUGAUGAUCAUAUGAAGUACUAUUUGUCAGCCAAAUCGUCUACGAAGAACCAUGCCCUGUAUUGCUUAACCUAUGAAAUUCAACGAUGGACAGAUGUUUUGCUCUUGUCGCCUUUAUCGGCAAAUACCGUAGCAAAGCUAAUUAAUGGAUUAGCUGAUAAUUUAUUAACGGAUUUGCUUCAUAUUUGGCCGACUGCUCAUUUGAAUCCUCCCCAACAAAAGCUUUCACAACCUCAAAAUUCAACUGUUUUGAGUAACAAUUUUGUGUCUCCAAAGCCGAUAGUUGUUGCAUUGGCAUAUACAGAAGCUAUGUAUGCCCAUAGUUUGACGAAAAGGCAAUUGAUCUCUUUACAGGAAUGUUUUCCUGGAAUAUGCAUAUUAAAACCUGUGGAAAAGUACUGUGACGUCGAUGGGAACAUAUCGAUGGGAGGGAUGAGAUCAUGGAGAGAAGUUGUCGACUUCGUCGUUCAGAAGCUCGGGGAGCCUCCAAUCAAUGAAGAUGACGAAGAUAACGAAGAGGGUAAUUCUGAAAGAGACAGCACUAAUGAUGCAAAAAAUAUUAGUGAUGAAGCCGAUGAAGAUGAAGAUGAAGAUGAAGACGAGGGCGAGUUCGAAAACGAGAAUGAUAAUGGGAGUGGCGGAAAGACUAGCGCUACUCGACCUAAAGGAAAAGCGCGAGAGGAAUAUCAACUCGAACGACAGAGCCCUAGUGACGGGGAGAGGAAGGCAAUUGACUUGCAGCCUCGUUCUAGCAGGAGUGACACAAUCAGCGCAAGAGAGCUUCAGGAGCAUGAGAAAUUGGCAUCUAAGAAUGCUAUUUUGAAUUCUGUGCCUAGUUUUUCGUCUGUGUAUAGUAGUUCUUCCUGA